AUGCCCCUUCCCCACAGCCUCCCUUGUUCACCAUACUUCUACGCCAUCGCCUACGAUGAUGCUGGUAUUUCGGACCUAUCCGCGUCUCGGCAGCUGAAGCGUCCCCUGGCCGUUGGCGCAAGAGGCUAUGCUGACCCUGAGCGAUGCUCCGGUACGUGUUUUGCGCAUGACCCAGGACUUAUCCAACGGUCCUCCGACGGGGUCCACUUUCGCUUCAACACGGAUACGUACAUUGAUAUUAUGAAAUCCGAUUCGCUUUCUGGUCCAUGGGAAACCAUUGGAAAUGUGCUUCCAAGUGGCACUGUAGUGAAUAUGACAGAUGUUACGGCUUUAUGGGCACCCAUGAUCAUCGAGAACGAUGGCACGUACAUUUUAUACUACAGCGUAUCUACCCCUGCAAGCCAGGACUCAGUUAUUGGAUACGCAACCAGCACGACCAUGGAGAGCGGCACUUGGGUCGAUCAUGGAUCAACGGGUGUAGAAUCGACGUCCGACGCUUCAUAUAACGCCAUCGAUCCUACUAUGAUUCUGGUCGACGGAACAUAUUUUAUGUCGUUUGGAUCCUACUGGGAUGACAUCCAGCAAGUAACCUUCAACUCGAAUGCAACGACUGUUACAGGAGAUCCAUACCAGACCAUCUACCAACCAUCUGGGAUUCACGAUGUUGAGGCCAGCUUUCCCUUUCAGUACGGGAGUUACUUCUACAUGUUCUGGAGCGAGGGGCAAGCCAACGACUAUGAUGUGUCACUACCCACCGAGGGAGGAGAAUAUAAAAUUCGCGUGUGCCGGAGCACCGCUAUCGGUGGACCUUAUGCGGACCAGAACGGGACCAGCUGCCUGGAAGGCGGCGGUAACACUGUGCUUGAGAGCCAUGGGGAUGUGUACGGGCCUGGUGGCCAGGGAGUCCUGGAUGACCCAACGUAUGGACCGAUUCUGUACUACAGAUAUGUCAACACAACAAUAGGUUAUGCUGUCAGCGACUACCAGUGGGGGUGGAAUGUUAUUGAUUGGGUUGAUGAUUGGCCAACAAUAUGA